AUGUCUUUAGAUAAUGUGCUCAGUUGGGCCACUGAGAAUGGUGCUAUAAUUGACAAUGAUGUAACAUUUGAGAAAACUGAAAAAGGUAUAUCUGCGAUUUAUAAAGGUCAAGAUAAAUUUGAGAACAAUCAAGACUUGUUGAAAGUUCCAGAAUCUGUUACAAUUACCCCAUUACUUGCUGAAAAAGUGUUCGGUGGGAAUGCUGCUACAAAGAGGAAUAGAAAUCCAUUGACACAAUUAUUAUUGGCCAAACUAAGAUUUGAUAAAGAAGAAACUCAAACGGAUGAACUAAAUGUUUCCAAGUUUUUCAAGCCAUAUGUUGAUUCUUUACCCACUGGGAAGGAGAUUGGCUCACCUUUAUUUUGGGAUGAUGCUGAAAGAGCAUUGAUCAAAGGCACUGAUGCACAUCUUGCGAUAGAUCAUCAAACUUCAUCAUUAGUAGAAGAAUGGUAUCAAAUCAUUAAAUCAUUAGAUUCAAAAUACCACACAAAGGAUUAUGAACAGGAUAUAUCUUUCUAUCAAACAUAUGUAAAGGGGAAAAGUGAACAAUUUGUUUCAUAUUUUAAUAAUCCAAAUUCAUGGACAAGUUUCCCAGCAUAUUUAUGGGCAGCUGCUACAUUCACUUCAAGGGCAUUUCCCUUUCUACUUGCUGGUAAUGAAGAAUGUAAAGACAUGAAUGAAGCCUUUCUAGUCCCUAUUUUUGAUUUGUUAAAUCAUAGUAAUGAAGUUGAAGUUAAGUGGGAUUCAGCUAAGGACGGAAAUGAUAGAGUAUUUAGAUUCAAAACACAACAAGAGAUUAUCAAUGGUUCUGAAAUUUUUAAUAGUUAUGGACCAAAAACCAAUCAAGAAUUAUUAUUUGGUUAUGGGUUUGUUUUAGAUAAUAAUAAAGAAGAUUCUACAGUGUUAGCUUUAAGAAUCCCAGAGGAAAACAUUGAAGCUGCAAACAAGUUUGGAUUAAGCUUAACUAAUAAUGAAGUUGCCUACAAAAUCACCAAAAGUGCACCAUUAUCUGAAAAUCUAGUGAAGUUGUUUUGUUUUUUAGUGAAGAAUGAACAUGAGAAAACAGUUACAUUGAGAAAUAAAUUGGAAGGUUUACAACAAUUACAAAAAAUUGUUCAACAAAAGAUUGAUUUUUUGAAAAUUUUCAAAAAUGAAGGUAAUGUCAGCUCUCAUAUUGUUAAAAUUGCCAAAUCUUACAAGACAACUCAAAGACUACUAUACCAAGCAACAUUUGAAGAAAUCACCAAGACUGAAAAAUCGUUACUCAAACAUUUCAAACCAUUAUCUUUCAAAACCAUUUAUAAGAAUGACAAAACGUUUUCCAACAGUUUAUUACUAAUUUUUGGCAUUCAAGAUUAUGAACAGCUGGCUAAAUCUGAUGAAGUUGAUCGUGCCUUAUUACUGUGGAUCAUCAGAACUGGGAACAAGAAACAUUAUAAUGAAAAAUCAGUACUACCUGACUGGAUCAACGCUAAAUAUCAAUAUAUUUGCCAAAGAUUAAUUGUUAAACCUCAAGAUGUUGUUGAAUACAGAGAUAUUUUCAAAGCUUUAUUCCCAAGUAUAGCUACAAAGAUUCCUGAAGUUUACGGGAAAGGUGAUUGGGGAAUUAAAAGUUUUAUCACUGCAGGUAAAGUUAUUGAUGAAAUAAGUUUUACAAGAAGUGCAAAUAAUGAAAUUUUCUUGAUUGAAAAUGUUGACCUUUGA